AUGUCUUCCAUCGCGGAAUUAACAGCUCUCGGCAAAGAGCUUGGUAAUGAAGGCGAAGACCUUAGAAGAUUUGUAAGUGAUGAACAAAGUGCUUUAAGGGAUAUUAGAAAUAAGGAACGAGAAUUAGAACGUGAAAAACUAGAAGCUGCUCGUGAGGAAAGAGAAAGGGAACGCCAGGAGAAAGAAAAGGAGCGUGAAUAUGACCGUGAAAAAAGUGAGAGAGAUAGAGCUCAUGAGAUUCGUUUGUAUGAUAUGCAAGAAUCUUUGCAAAAACAGGAGAUUGAGAAAUUGAAACUGCAAAAAGAAAUCAAGGACUCUCCAGUUAAUACCGAAGGUUCCGACACUGAAGGUAACCAGGUAAGAGUAAAAGUUAAAGGUCCUUCUAUUCCUGAUUUUGAUGAAAACAAAGAUGAUAUUGAUGCAUAUCUUAGGAGGUUUGAAGUUCUUGCUAGUGCAGCCAAGUGGCCUAAAGGGGAUUGGGCUAUAAUUCUAAGUUCACAUUUAAAGGGUGCAGCUUUGGAAGUUUACGUUAGACUUUCACCUGAGGAGGCUUUGGAUUAUAAUAAGGUUUCUGAAUCACUUAUGAAAAGAUUUGAUUGUACUGAGGAAGGUUUCAGAGUAAAGUUUCGGUCAGUUAAACCUCAGAAGAAUGAGCUAGUUGAACAGUUUGUGUCUAGGUUAAGACAUCUCUUGAAGAGGUGGAUUGAAAUGUCAAAGUGUGAAAUGACAUGUGAAGGCUUAACUGAUUUAUUUCUUAUUGAGCAAUUUUUGCAGAGUUGUGGCAGGCAGUUGCAGGUACAUCUGAGAGAGCGAUUACCAUUAUCGCUUAACAGAAUGAUUGAAUUAGCAGAAAGUUAUGUUCAAGCUCAUGGAGGUUUAUUUCAUAAUUCUAGAUAUUUUUCUACAGUACGUAGUGACAGAGUUGACUUAUCCGGGGAAGCGCAUCCUGAGCAGACGGCUAAACCCAUUAGAUGUCCACCCUCUAUUAAGUGUUAUAAAUGUGGACAAGUGGGUCAUAAGGCUUCAAAUUGUCUAGAACAUGCAAAAGGAUCCAAGAAAAAUGGUCAUGCUGCAGCAGGAGAAGUUGUUUAUUGGACCAGAAAGGGCCGUAAAGGAAAUUUUAAAGAUCCUGUUGCGGAUAUAAAUAAUGAAGUGUUAAAAAAUGAUCACACUGAGUUGGCAAGUGUUGCUUCUGAUAUGCCUGUCGAGGAGGGUAUUUUAUACGGAAACCCAGUGAAAGUUUUGAGGGACACUGGUUGUACAACUGUCGUAGCCAGAAAAGACUUGGUGCCUGUUGAACAUUUUACUGGUAAGAGCAGUAGGAUUCGAUAUAUGAACAAGAAUCUUGUAGAAACUUAUCCUUUGGCUGAAAUUUACAUUCAAUCUCCAUUUUUCACGGGUACUACCCUUGCUGUGUGCAUGGAGGACCCUCUUUAUGAUAUCAUUAUAGGCAACAUCCCUGGAGCAACAAGGUUGGAGGAACCCACAUCCGGCGCUGUAUUAACGAGAGCUGGUGCAAAGAAAUCUCAAUCUACAUUCCAAAAGCUGAAAACAUCAGCCUCUAAGAUUUCUUGGGACAUGGAUUCAAAGGAAAUCAAGAAAGAGCAAGAAGAGGAUCCAAGCUUAAGAUCUCUGCGAGAUGAUGCAAGAACUGGUAAAGCUAUUACUAGAGAUGGAAAAGGUAAGGCAGUUUUGGAGAGAGGAUUGUUGUUCAGAAUCUAUUCAGACAGAGGUAUUGAACACAAGCAACUAGUAUUACCGUUUAAGCUUCGAGAGGGCGUGAUGAGCAUGGCACAUGAAGGAAUACUUGGAGGUCAUUUGGGUGCUGAGAAGACCUUAGGUAGAAUAAGACAGGAAUUUUACUGGCCAGGUAUUGGGGCAGCAGUAAAGAGAUUCUGUCAGUCGUGUGACAUUUGUCAGAAAACUUAUCCUAGAGGAAAAGUUGGGAAGGUACCUUUGGGAGAGGUACCACUCAUUGACACUCCUUUUAAACGUGUUGCUGUUGACUUGAUAGGACCUAUUUUGCCAAGAAGUAGUUCUGGUAACAAAUAUAUCCUGACCAUGGUUGAUUAUGCAACCAGAUACCCUGAAGCCAUAGCCUUACCAUCUAUCGAAACUGAGCGUGUAGCUGAUGCCUUAUUGAGUUUCUUUUCCAGAGUCGGGAUUCCUGAAGAAAUGGUGACUGAUAGAGGCAGUCAAUUUACAUCGCAGAUGAUGGACGAAGUUAGAGGUCUUUUGUCAAUCAAGCAUCUUCCUACGACCCCUUAUCAUGCGAUGGCGAAUGAUGGUCUAGUUGAAAAGUUCAAUGGAACUUUGAAAUCUAUGAUUAAAAAGCAAAUAUGUGCUGAACAACCUACUACUUGGGAUAGAUACCUGCCGGCAGUUCUCUUUGCAUACCGAGAGUCUCCACAAGCAAGCAUGGGGUUUUCCCCUUUUGAAUUAUUAUAUGGGAGAACGGUGCGUGGCCCUUUAGCUAUUCUGAGAGAUUUGUGGGAUAAGGAGAGAAAUGAGGAAGAGUGGAAGGGUCCUUUUCCUGUUGUUGGUGUGAGGGGGAAGAUGGAUUAUGAAAUUCAAAUAAAUGGAAAAAGGAAACUUUAUCAUGCUAACUUGCUUAAAGCUUACAUUCCUAGGAAUAAAAGUUCUGUAGAAGUUCGAGAAAGUGGAGGUACAAUUGCAGUGGUCGAGGAGGAUCCACAGGAGGAUUUCUCACCCCUACUAGUGCCUGAUACUGGACCUUCACCUACCUGGGAACAAACUAAUCUGAAUAAGGAAUUACAGGAAAUCAAAAGCAGGAUCUGGAGGCUCUCCUUAGCCGCUACAGAGAGAGAUGUGAAUUCAGAAAUAGAAUCUAUGAAAGCUUUGGAUAUUAUUGAGCCUUCAAGUUCUCCAUAUUCAGCCCCUAUGGUAGUAGUUUCGAAACCUGAUAACUCAAAGCGAAUUUGUCUAGACUUUAGAAGACUGAACGCCUUAACUAUUUUUGAUAGUGAACCUAUGUGUGACCCAGAGCAGAUAUUUGCCAGCUUAAGUGGAAGUAUAUAUUUCUCUAAGAUGGAUUUAUCCCGCGGAUAUUGGCAAAUUCCUCUGGAUGAGGAUAGUAAACAGUAUACUGCAUUUCAAACAGAUUUAGGACUGUACCAGUUUAAAGUGCUCCCAUUUGGACUGUGA